CCCUCCGCCCACCCGUGGCGCUUCCGCCCCGCGCGCGGGACCGGCGCGAGGAGCGCGCGGAGCCGUGACCCCACGGUGACCCCACGGUGACCCCUCCGUGACCCCGCUCAUGGACGGGGAAGGGGAGGGGGAGGGGGAGGGCGCGUCCGCCCCACCGGGGGCUGCCGCCCUGCUGUACCUGCCGGACGGGUCGGCGCUGCCGCUGCCGCUGGAGCCGCCGCCGGGCCCCACGGCCGCGGAGCUGCUGCGCCGGCUGCAGGGAGCGCUGCGCCUCCCGCCCGCCGCCGGGGACGCGCUUGCCCUGUGGCUGGGGUCGGAGCUGCUCGAGGUGCAGCUGAAGCCGCGGCACCGACCCCUGCGCUUGGUCCGGCACUGGCCGGAGCUGCUGCUGCGCUUCAGCCUCGGCUCGCCCGCGGCCAUCGCCCAAGAUGAGCCGUGUCUGCAGCUGCGCAGGAACGUGUUCUUCCCUAAGAGCCGCGAGCUGGAGCUGCAGGAGGAGGAGCUGCUGCGGUUGCUCUAUGAGGAGGCGCGGGAGCAGCUGCAGGCGGGGCGUUACCCCGUGGACCCUCCCGAGGCCGCCGAGCUGGGGGGGCUCAGCUGCCGCCUGCGCCUGGGGCCCUUCGAGCCCGGCCGGCACACGGAGCUCAGCCUGCGGCCGAUGCUGGGGGAGUUGCUGCCGCCGGGUCCUCCGACCCGCUGGGGGGCGCUGUUCCGGCGCUCGCGGGAGCCGGGCCCCUCCCAGCGACUGCUCGAGGCCUUCGCGCGUGCGCCGGGCCCCGAGGCGCCCCCUGCCGGAUUGUACCGGGACUUCCUGCGGCGCUGCCACGCCCUGCCCGGCUACGGGUGCGCCUUCUUCCCGGGAGCCAUUGAGCGGCCAUCUGGGGGGCUGCUGGGCCGGGGGGGGCUGCGCCCCGUCAGCGUCGCCGUGGGGCUCGAGGGGGUCACCAUCAUUGACCCCCGCCAGAAGCACGUGCUGCUGUCCCUGACGUACCCCGAGCUGUGCUGGGAGCUGGUGGGGGCUGUGGGGCAGGAUGGGGACCCCGCGGGGCAGGAUGGGGACCCCACAGAGCCCCCCCAGCUCUGGCUCGAGUUCGACGGCGACCACGAGGGAGCCCCUGUGAACCGAUUGCUGCGCGUGUUCUCCCCACAGGCGGAGCUGAUGAGCGCCCUCAUCGAGUGCUGCAUCGAGCUGGGCGGGGCGGCCCCGCCCCCCGAGGACCAGGCCACGCCCCCCGCCGCGGCCGCCGCGGCCACGCCCACCGAGCCGGGCGGCGCGCACGGCGCCCCCUUGCGGCGGCAGCAGAGCGUGACCCGGCCCCGCCUCCAGCGCCUCGCGACCAUCGACUACGUGCGGGAGGGGCAGGAGCUGCGGCGGGUGAAGCCCCCCCGGCGCUCGGCGUCCUUCUUCAGUCGGGGAGGGGGCGGGGGCGGCUCCUACAGCCCCGUGGCGGGGGGCACGGGGGGGGCCGGGUCCGAGAAGGGCUGAGCCCCCCCGGGCCCCCCAAACCCUUCCCAGUUCAGACUGGGAGCCCCCAAGACCUCCCCGCUCUUUGUACUCACACCCCCAAUAAACUGCACUGCCCACCCGCGACCCCUCUCCCCAGGCAGGGUUUGGAAUUUGGAGCCGUUUGGGGAAAAUCCAGAGCAGUUUGAGGCGGUUUGGAACCAGUUUGGGGAAGAUUCAGGGGGAUUUGGGGCAGAUCAAAGCUGAACCAUGGAGGCUUGCAACUUAUUUGGGGUGUUUGGGGGCAAUUCGUGGCAGUUUUGAGCUAGUUUGGGAUAUUUGGGACUGAUUUUGGAUAAUGCGGGGCAUUUUCCAGCCAGUUUCUGGAGGUCUGAGGCCACUUCCAGUGAAGUUGGGUUGUUUUGGGGCCAGUUCUGGGGGGGUUUUGGGGCCUAUUCCAGGCAGCUUGGGGUCCAUUCUGGGGGGGUUUGAGACAAGCCACAGCAGUUUGGGGCCAGUUCUGGGGGGUUUGUGGCCAACGGAGCCAAAUGGUGGCCCCAUGUGACAGUGGCCAUUUCGGGCUGGGGUCUCGGGGACACGCGGGUGUCACACAUGUCACAUUUGUCACCUGUCAGGGGGUUCUGUGUUGUGGGGAGUCCCCCUCUUUAGCAUUAACGAGACCUUUGGGACAAAUUCCAUCAAUGUCGGGGCAACUCCUGCUGAUUUGGGGGCAUCGCUCAUUGUCCAUUCGGGACCUUCACAAACCCACCCCAAAUCCCCCUAUUUCACUAUUUAACCCCAUUUCCCUCCCCAGCAGGGCCGUGUUUAAACAAAAUAUCAUAUUUUUUACCCAUAAACCCCACCCGCCUCCACUCUGCAGCAAAACUGCCUCAGUCCCGAAUAACUUCGUUUUCUUAAGGUGCUUUUUAGAAAUUUAAGGAUUUUUUAAGGGAGAACCGGUGAGGAUUUUGUGUGUGGGAGGGGUAGGUCUUGUCAGGGCUUAAAGAACAAGGAGAAACUGCUCUGAAACGCAACGUUUACAAACUAAAAAAAGAAGAAAAUAUAAAUAUUUGAUGGGAUAAAGAAAUGUUUUGGAAUGUUUCCUGAGGGAAAUCGUGAAGGAUGCGAAUCCUCCCGCCUCCCGAGGCUGUUGUGUGGGGAGGCGCCAUUUUGGAAGGGGGAGCGGGUUAUGGCUGAAUAAAAGGAAAUUUUCUGAGGGAAGUAAUACAUUUUCUGAGGUAAAAUUUAACAUUUCUGAGGGAAAUAAGACAUUUCUGAGGCAAAUCGGGAAGUUACUGAGGGAAAUGAAGCAGUUUUGAUACAAAUUGGGACAUUUCUGAGGGAGGUAAGACAUUGAUGCCGUUAAUAAAACAUUUUCGAGGCAAACAGGACAUUUCUGAGGCAAAUCGGACACUUCUUGAGGGAAAUCAAACAUUUCUGAGACAAACCAGACGUCUCAGGGGUAAAUAAGACGUUCAUGAGGAAAAUCAGAGGUUCUUGAAGGAAACCAGACAUUUUCUCAGGGAAAUCGCCAUUUCUGAGGCAAGUAAGAUUUACCUGAAUCAACUCGAGCUUUUCUGAGGUAAAACCAAGGAGAAAAGGGUGGGUAUUUUUAACUGUACAGUCUCUCCGGACGCGACGGAGGUGACUCGACCCCUCCCCCGCCCAAUGCGGGGAGAACGGAGCGAUGGCGCCGCGCUCCCGCCCCCGGCGCCGCCCCCGCGGCGACUGCGGCAAAGCGAAGGGAGGCACCGCUGAGGGGCGGGGUCUCGGCGCGGACCCGCCCAGGGACGCGUCACUCUCAGAUCCCUCCGCGCGCGGAUCCCUCCGCCGGCCACGUGACCGGGAGUCACUUCACACCGCCUCCCUCCGCGGGUCCCUCCGCCGGAUCCCUCCGCGGCCGCUCCCGCCCCCAAAUCUCUUUUUUUUUUGCCUUACCUUAAAAGGGCCCCUCCAGGACCAGCCCCUGUGAAAAAGCAGCUUUUGAGGGACUUCCAUGACUCGGCAUGGCCUGAAGUGGGGUGAAACACCGAGAUUUUGAUGCAUUUUUGUCGUAAAAAAAAGAAAUAAAGAUGGUGGUUGAAGCUGUGCCGGUCCCGGGUGAAAAAAAAAAAAAGGGUUAUAAAAUGGUCGCUGGGGGUUUUGGGGGAAAAAAAAAUUGGUGAAAAUUGGGGGGUUUCGGGUCUGUGUCCCCUAAAGAAGUUUUCUUUCGCCCCCUAAGAUUUGUGACCCUUUCGAGGAGAAACGGCGCCUUUUUGGCAUCGGCCCAACCCCGUGACGCAGCAAAAGCCAAAACGAGAGUAAAAUUAAAAAAAAAAACAAAACAAAACAAAAAAAUGCUCUAAAACCACCCGGGAAGGUCGAAGCCGGGGAUUUUAGGGCAGAACUGGUCAAACCGAACGAAAAAUCGCUGUUAAAUUUAACCACUUUCGCGCUGGACCGCGUGGGCCUGCCAAAGGCCCACAGCCUGAUGGGGGGGAGGGAGGGCGCAGUUUGUGAGGGAAAAAAAUUAAAGAAAAUGGUAAAAAAGGGGAAAUAAUGAGAAAAGAAGCUUUUUCACGCUGGGGGCGGUGAAUUUUGAGGAAUGAUUUUGGGGGGUGCUGCCCUUUUUUGGUGAUUUUAGGGACUAUUUUGUCGCCCCCGCGGGGGCGGUGCUGGGCCGUUUAUAAGGGAGGGCCCCGCGCCCGCAGCGCCCGGCCGAGAACCAGCCCCGGAACGGCCCCAAUUCGGCCCAAAAUCGCUCAAUUCUGAGCCCAAAGCUCUUAGAGCUGCUCGAUUUUAUACAAAAAAAGCUCCUAGAAUGGCUUUAUUUUCUAUUGAGAGCUCCAAAAACGGCUUUAUUGCCUACAAAAAGCUCUUAAAGCUGCGAAAUUUUAUAGAAAGAGCUUUUAAGGCUGCUUUAUAUCAUAAAAGCGGCUCAUAAACCUUUAUUUAAAGAAAAGAGAUAAAAGCUGUUUCCUUUAAGGAAAAUCGAGCUUUUAAAGCUGCUUGCUUUCAAGAAAAAUCCUUAAAUUGCGGCGAUUCCAGUAAUGGGAAAAGCCGGGGCCAGCCGGGGCGCUUUUAAUUGAAAAAAAUGAAUGAAAAACCUUAGAAAAGCUCCUAAAACUGGCUUUUAUUUAAACCGAAGCUUCUGAUGCUGGUUUUUAAGAAAUCGCUGCUUUCAAAGCCGAUUUCUGGGAGAAAACGCAGCUCUCGCAGCUCUUUAAUUCUUAAAAUAUCGUAAUGUGAUAUUUUCGAAAAGCCGGAGCGAUCUGGGGCGGUUUUAAUUUUAUAAAAGAGCUUUUUAAGCUGCUUUAAUUUAAAGAAAGAAAAAGCGCUUGAUACGCUAUUUUCUGCUAAAAAAGCUCCUAAAUUUAAUUUUUAAACAAAAGCUCCUAAAGCUUUAAAAAAUGUAGUUUUGUCCCCAAGCGGGGCCGGGCCGGGCAGCGCAGGCGGGGGCGGCCGGUUUGGGGUGAAAUGCGGCAUUUUCAGGCUCAGGAUGGAUUGAGAGGAGCCAAUUUUGAGGGAAGAACAGGAAAAUUGAAGAGUGAAGAUGGAGUCGGCAGGGAAAGGAAAGUUUUUCUUCGCAGUUGCCCCAUCUGGGGGGAAAAAAAGGACUUUUUGGUAAAAUGGCGGCAGUUGGGCAGGGGAGGAGCAGAGAGAAGAGAGAAAAAAAAACAGGACAUAAAGAAAAUAGAACAAAAAGAGAGAGAAAAUAGAAGAAAAUCAGAAAAAAGAAAAUAGAAAAUUAAAAGAAAAUAGAAAAAAAUUGGAAAAUUAGAAAUUGGAAAAAAAGAAAAUUGAAAAAGCAUAGAAAAAUGAAAAAAAAAGAAAAUAGAAAAAAAAGAAGAAAA